AUGGUGUCUGCUAGCAGUGGUGGUGUCGAAGAUCAAACGAUAUAUACAUUUGCUAAUAUUGAUUCGUUGAUGAACCACCCCAACUUCGACACUAACAAACCCACUGCACUUUACGUACACGGCUAUGUCGAAUUGGUGAGCGAUAACAGCGUAGUACUCGUGGUCAGAUCUUACCUGCAGCGCGGUGACCACAAUGUACUGGCGCUGGACUGGUCCAAUUUGGCGUUUGGGAAUUAUCUGAACGUUCUGUUGGACGUGCCACUGGUGGGCGAAGAAACAGCAAAAGCUUUAUUAAGAUUAGUGGACAAAGGUUUAAAUAUCAAAAACUUACAUGUGGUCGGGCAUUCACUGGGGGCUCCCGUAGCCGCUGUCGUGGCCAGAUCUUUGAAACAAAAUGGACACACGUUACCUAGAGUGACCGGACUAGAUCCAGCGUCUCUGGGAUUCUAUCUGCCGUUAAGUGCCGCUCCUCUUAACUCCGGAGAUGCGUCAUUCGUAGAUAUAAUUCAUACAGAUGGUGGAAAAUAUGGUACCCCUUUUAGUUUGGGCCACGUUGACUUCUGGCCUAAUGGGGGUCAAGCAAUCCAGCCUGGCUGUCCACGAAGAUAUAUUCCACUUAGUAUAGAAAGUUUCUGCAGUCAUUGGCGUUCAUGGCGUUUUUAUGCAGAAUCCUUAAUCGGUGGAAAAUUUGUCGCCAGGAAAAGUACUGAUUAUGAUGCCUUCCUCCGAGGAUACGGGAGCGAAACCGCUCUUAUGGGGAUUUCUGCUACUCCAGAUUUACGUGGCAAUUUCUACUUACAAACGGCAACAAGAGAGCCCUUCGCACUGGGAGACAGAGGAGCCCUAUUACGAUAGACUGUACUAAUACCAUGUACCUACAGA